AUGAAUCUACCGAGAUGUAUACCCCACUUGAUUAUAUCGUAUAAACAAAAAUGUAAAACUGUUUGUCAUUUAAUGACCACUACUUCCCUAUUAUUAAUAUCACCUUCACCGUUAUCAACGAAGUCUGAUGAAAUAAACAAACCAAAUGGUUAUAAAAUACUAAUGAAAUCAUCAUCAGUUCGAUUACGAUUAGAUAAUUUACCAACACGUGUACAACAAUAUUUUAAUUUUACUCCUUCUGAUAAACCAUCUGAAUUUAUUACUGUAUUGUCAAGUGAUAUACAAAAAGUGAUUAGAAAAACUCAUUGUUCAGUCAACUUUAUUAGUGAUGAUUUACAACCUCCGUUACUUCAACUGAUUUCCAAAGAUGAUACAUCAAAUGUCAACAAAUCAUUACGUAAAUAUGGGAUUAAUUUGCAGGGGAAAACUCGAGUAAAAGUGAUUGAAUUUAGUUCUAAUAUAGACGAUAAUAUGUUUAGAGUCCGGGUGAAACAGGCAGAAGAUUUUUUACAAGCAGAUCAUUUUGUAGUUAUAAUUAUUAAAUUGAAACAUCUUAAAAAAUUAUUGUCGAAAAAAAAUAUACAGUCUACGACUACGAAAGCGGAUGGCGGUGAACAGCAGUUGCGAAAUUUGGGGAAGGUGGAAUAUGAGAAAAAUGUUACAAAGUACGCUAGAAUAUUUGAACGUAUACCUUAUUGUAAAUGGUAUAGGUCUGAUAUUGGUAGACAUUCCUAUAUUUGUAAAUUGUUGUUUGGUAAAUCACAAGAUCCAUCACAAUUGAUUUUUGGAUUAUUUUCUGAAAUAACAUGACUUGGUAUGUUUAUUUAUUUAUCCAAAAUUUUCCGAUUAAAAACAAGUCCUCGUGUCUAAGUCGGUUGACAAUAUCUUUACAACACGUAGUUUCUUCUGUUGUUCACAUCAUACUCAUUAGAGUUUAGUGAACAUGUAGUGAGGCCUUUGAAUGUCAUCGGUUGUUGUAAUGGCGCUUGUGUAUUCUAAAAAUCGUGAAAUAGUCAUUUGGCUGAGCGUUGAUUCAGCAAUACCUAAACUAAACACAAUAACGUCACGUGAGAAUUUUCCAUACUAUAUGUAUAUACAUUCAUUACUCGAUCUAUCAAAUGUACAUCCUACAUUUGUCGAAUUAGAUAUUCUUGAUUUAGCUGACAAUUCUCCUGAAUUUUUUUGUCGUGCACCUGAUAUUUGCUUAUCUAUAGUUGUGACAGUAUAAUCAACUAUUAGUCAAGUUCAUCGCUUCUGAAAUAAAACCUAUUUCAUAUAAGUUAGAUAAAAUUGCCGCACAGCGACUACGUGACCGAGUAAAUACCAAAAUAUCGGUUUUAUGUGGUACUGGCAAAGAAUAAAACUACCUAUUAUUUUAUAUCGCUACCUGUUGAACCUCACUUUUGGUGGCCUUCAAAAACUCAGUGAGCAAUGCGUCCAAAACGUGUGAUGUUCUGUUAAAUUGUGCGUUAAUGGAGAGUGUAAGUAGUUGUCAUUCAUGACUAGUGACUUUCAUAUUCACAAGCAGCUGAGUCCAAAAGUUCUAUUUAGUUCCAACGAAAUCGGCGAGGUGCUAUGCGGCAAUGUUUGUCAUUGAAAUGUAAUUCAAAGAAGUGCAUAAACUUAGUGAAAGUGGUUUACUCGAACAUUUAACCCAUUUGGAGCUUUUUGCAAGCUGUUAUGUUUGUGGACUUCAAGUGGUGUUCGUCACAGUUGUACACUACCCCUAUUUUUAUUUAACUUCAUCAUAGACGUAAUUUGAGAGACAACAGUGUCUUUGACUUUUUAGGGGUUAUUCUCUCACUGCAUAAUUCACCUUUAGGCUUGAAAUACAGAAAAAAUAGUUCUAUUUGGUAAGUACGCGGACAAAAUGUGACUCCCCUGAAAUCUUGAGUAGGAACAUAAGCAAAUUUUUUGAACCCUCUUCUGUCUUACAUACAGAAUGUUGCUUCGGGAUUGGCCUGUGCCAUCGCAUAGAGUGAUCGUAGGUGAUGAAAUGGUUGAAUUCACUGAACAUUGCACUUAGAUUAGAAGACUCAUCAGCUCUAGUGGGUUGGUGUGUAGUCAGAUUUCGGUUAAUUUUCAAAAUUGUAUAGAUUACGGAGUAGGUGAUAUUUUUAUCUGCUUAUCAAGGUGCAACUAAUACUGUAUGGCAGUAUGUUUUAUUUUAUGGAUACGAAAUUGGAAUUAUAAAAGUAAAAGGCAUGCUUAGACUGUAUGUUUCUAAUAGACGUCUUCUGUACAUUUCUUGCUAAUGCUGGAAGUACCGAUUUAAAAAUGUAAGUUUGAGAUGCAUGGUACUAAGCAAUCCCGCUAAAUCGAAUAAGGCUGUAAGUUCUCAUCGACUAAUAUAGUAGGGACAUGUGCUAAGUGAGAACGACGAAUCAGUAGUUAAGGCAUUCAGGUUUCAACCACUACGUCGCAGAUUAGAACCCCACUCCAGUUUAAACAACCAAGUAAUAUCUCUAGCCCCUUCACUUAAAUGUUUUAUUUAUUCAAACGUAAACAUUAGUACAAAGAAGCACCAAAUAGAUAUGCGCCACAUAAAUCAUUCCCUAUGUGGGAGGGCUGGGAUACUGCCCGGGUGCCCAACCCGAAGCAGGUGGUUUUCUCAGGGGUCACACCCGGAGUCUUUGAACUAAAGGUCUAGUCCACAAGGCAGUGGAGCAACGUCGGGAAAUACGGUCCUGUGGUAGCCGAUGACCGACAACAGGUUUAUAAGCCUUUUGUUCCCUUAGGAUCCUGGAGCCCAUGGCACCAUUGUUUUUGAAUCAGGGUUUUCCAACUCCCCUAGGUGGAUCCUCCAUAUCCACUGAGCCGGUUAAAACGCCAGACAUUCUCAUAUCGUCUUCUCAAUUUCAUAAACAGUAGUUUCGCCAGAAGGCGGCGAGUAGGACUUCCUGACAGUGGUUGUAUGCACCUGGCUAUGUGAUGCAUUUCGAAAGGGAGAGCUGACUCUCCCCACUCUCGGCCGUAC